AUGGCGAGCCUUGACAUUGACUCCGCCGCCACGGCGAUCAAAGAAGUAUCUGAGGCUUUUAAGCUCAACGGAAAUAUGAAUGCUGAAGCUGCCGCUUUGGCUCGCGAAAAGGGCUGGGGUGCACCUCAGUCUUAUAAUUAUGAUGCUUACAAUACUAAACCCCAAGCUGGCGUGGGCCCGAAUGGUGAUUAUGAUGUUUCUGUUUGGGCCUCCAAUGGUGCCAAAUACGAAUGGAAGGAUGAGUAUGGUGACGUUGGCCCCCGAAAUGAAGAGCUUGAGCAAAUGCUCUUCCGCGACGAAUACAUUAAUCGUGCUGGAGAAUUGUUUCGAACCCUGCGCGAAAUCAAAGUGACUGCUGAGACUACUCACCAACCAGAACCCAUCAAGAGUUUCGAUGACGCCGGCCUUCACCCAGUCGUGCUUGAAAACGUGAAGCAUUGCGGCUACGAAGUUCCCACUCCUGUCCAAGCUUAUGCUAUCCCAGCUGUUUUGACUGGCUAUGAUUUAAUUGCCGUUGCCCAAACUGGCUCCGGUAAAACAGCUGCAUUCUUGAUUCCGGUUAUUUCCAAGUUGAUGGGAAAGGCAAAAAAGCUCGCAGCUCCGCGUCCGGACCUCACUAAUGGUUUUAAUGAGAGUGUUGAUGCCGUUCGUGCCGAGCCAUUAGUACUCAUUGUUGCUCCGACACGCGAGUUGGCCACUCAGAUUUUUGACGAGGCUCGUCGUCUCUGCUACCGCUCUAUGCUUCGUCCUUGCGUUAUUUACGGCGGUGCACCUACUAGAGAGCAACGUAUCGAUUUGCAUAAAGGAUGCGAUAUCCUCAUUGGAACUCCCGGAAGAAUCUUGGAUUUUAUGGCCAAACCCCAUUUGUUGUCGCUUAACAGAGUCAAGUACACCAUCAUUGACGAGGCCGAUGAGAUGUUGCAGUCUGACUGGGAACGUGAAUUUACCCAAAUCAUGUCCGGUGGAGAUGUUAACGAGGACGCCGAUCAUCGUUAUAUGAUGUUUUCUGCUACCUUCAACAAGGCAUGCCGUCAGCUCGCUCGUCGUUUUCUUUCUACCGACCAUGUCCGUAUUCGCGUUGGUCGCGCCGGAAGUUCUCACUUGAAUGUGACGCAGCAAGUUAUUUUCACCGAGGACGACAAGAAAAGAAAGGCUCUUUACGAUUUGAUUCUCUCUAUGCCGCCGUCCCGGACUUUGAUUUUUGUCAACAGCAAGCCGCAGGCUGAUUUAAUCGAUGAUUUCCUUUUCAACAACGGUUUGCCAAGUACUUCUAUCCAUUCUGAUCGCACUCAGCGCGAACGUGAGGACGCAAUCCGUGCCUUCCGUACCGGUGUCUGCCCAAUCAUGGUUACUACGGGUGUCUCCGCACGCGGUCUCGAUAUCAGGCAUGUGAUGCACGUCAUCAAUUUCGAUUUACCAAGCGUGGACCAUGGUGGUAUCGAUGAAUACAUCCAUCGCAUUGGUAUGCCCAGUUUUCAGUAUCUAAAGGAAUUAUGGCGAACCGCACGUAUUGGAAACCAAGGUCUCGCAACUUCUUUCUACAACGAUGAUCGGAACUCCGCUAUCGCGCCUGAUCUGGUCAAAGUUCUCCUUGAAUGCAAGCAGGCCGUUCCGGAUUUCCUUGAGCCGUACGCUCCGGGCAACGGAGAACUCGAAUGGAACGACGAUACCGAUGGAGAAGGAGACGAUGAGGAAGUUCCUGGCGAUGCAGCUUGGGGUGCUGAUGCUGGUGGUACCGCGGGAUGGGGUGAAAACGCUGCACCAGCUGCCGAACCUGAACCUGAGGCCGCUGGCUGGAAUGCGGGUGACUCCGGUGCCGCCUGGUAA